AUGCUACGUCUUAAGAGAAUCUUUGUUGCAGGGAUUAAAUCAGCUCAUAUAUGGGACAAGCUUGAUGAGAGAGAAAAUCAAAUCGCAGAAUCUGAAAAACAUGGACACGAAGAACCAGAAAUCUAUGGACUUUUAUUUGAAAUUAUCAAUGAUUAUCGCCCACCAAGCUCUCGCUCAAAAGUUGGAUUUUUUCGUCCAAUUUCAUUCGGUUGUUUCACUUUUGCACCUUUUGAUAUCAAGAAGAUUGAAAAUAGUAAUACAUCGUUGAAAAGUGGCGUCAGCAUGUUGGCAGAAGCUACCAAUGGCAAGUUAAUGAUGGCCGCUGCUGAUCAACGUGGUUGCUUGUUGAUAUUUGAUUUUGGUGCGAACAAAGUUUGGCAAGUGGUGAAAAUUGGGAUUGCGAUAUCAGCGAUUGCUUUCACACCACUCUCAAGGAAUGAAAUAGUGGUAGCGUUCACUGAUAAUACAUUAAAAAGCUAUAAUAUAGAGACACAUCAGUUAAUAGCAGAAACAAGAUCUCAUCGUAAACCUGUGGAAUAUAUCUCGAUGCACCCCACGCAACAUUUAGUCAUCACAAGUUCAUUAUCCGAAGGCAUUUUGUGGAAUAUGGUAGAUUGGACAAAGAUGAAAAUACUGAAUCAUCUUGAAGAUGGUCUAGCUUUAAGACGUCCUGAUACGGCGUGUCGCGUCAUAGCAGUCUCAAAGAACGAGCAAUUGAUAAUAGUUGGCGGCAAAAUUACGCUUUACAUAUGGGAUUUUGAAAAACGACGACUUUUACGUGAAUUAAGUAUUCAGUCAAUCUCAGGAGGUGAAAUCACACGAAUGGAAAUUAUCAAUGAUGACACGGAUUUAUUGAUACUUACAACGGAUGGUCGUCUCUUAUUAGUUGACAUUUAUCAGAACGAAUCAGAUAUCCAUCAACUCAAUAUUAAGCAUUCUGUUAAAUUAUUUGAAGUUUCUCCUGAUGGAAAGUUCCUCGUGACUAAUACAAAGGAUGAAAAAUCCAUUUUAAAAAUAUGGGAUCUAGAAGUUCUUAUCUCGGAUACUUUACAACAUCAAUAUCGAGAUUCUUCAUUAAGAUCAACAUCAACUUCCAUCGAAGACCCGCGUUCAACUACAUCUUCCCCUCCUCUCGAAAGUCAGACCAAAAAGGAUGAAGUAAGAAAAGCUCGCAAUUUUUCUGAGGAGCCGGUAGAUAUCCCCGAAGCACCAAAAAAAGAAGCUACCAAAGAAAAGGAACAAAAAGAUGAAUUGCCAUUAGAAAAACCUUCAGCAGUAACUGUUGAAGUGUCAACAAUUCAGCGCAUGUCUUCGGCUUCACGUGAAGAAAGAAGAGAAAAAUUAAUUGAAAAAUUAAAACAAUAUGGAGAAUAUCCUACGAAACAUAGAAUCCGAAUUUGGCGUAUUUUACUUGAUUUGCCUGAUAACCAGGAUGCCUACAAUAACCUUAUUAAAAAAGAUUUAGAACCAUCAGUUAAAGAGAAACUAUCCAAAAAGUUUUCCGUUAAGGAUCCGAAGCAUCUACAAUUAGCCACAAAAAUGGAAUUGUAUUUGUCAACAUUAAUUAAAUGGGGUUUGCCCCCUGAAGUGGUCUUAGAUUGGAUACCAAACAUAAUGUUUCCAUUCAUGGAAAUAUUCUUGGAUAAUGAUGAUAUUUUUGGAUUUGAAUCAAUCUUGACGAUAUUAUUGAAUUGGUUCCAACACUGUUGGGAAGAUUAUCCGACAGCACCAAGUCAGUUUCUUAAUAUAAUUUGUAAUUUAUUGGAACACUGGGACAAGUCCUUAUAUAAUCAUUUUGAUCAAUGUGGAAUAAUCCUUGGUGAGCAGUGUCUAUGGCCUAUACUUUUAUCAAGUUUCUCGGCCAUUUUGAAUAAGAAAGAUUGGCAUCGAUUAUGGGAUCAUUUCUUCUCGAACGAGGAGCCUUCGAUGCUGCAUUAUUUUGUUGUAGCGUAUUUCGUAGUGAUGCGAGAAGCAUUAUUACAACUUACAAAGAAGAAAGCUAUAAUCGAGUUUUUCAAAUCUACGCAAUCCAUAGACAUGGAUCACCUGUUGAAAGUCACCGACAAAAUACAAAAUGACUCGGAAACUCCACCUUGGUUAUCUCCUAGGUUCGACAUUAUACAUUUUAGGCCACUAUCAAAAACUGGCGAAUACCAACUAGUACACAAUAGAAAAAAUCGCAAGCCUAAGAAUAACCAAAGAAACGCGAUACGUGAUUGGAUAUUAAAAGAGGAAAUUCAGAUUGUUAAGCAAAAGUAA